AUGCAGAUCAAGACUUUACGUCGUGUUGACGACGUCGAUGAUCAAUUGAAUUUUUUACGCGAGUUCGAGGGCGAUACUGCGAUCCCGAAAGGUAGAGGAAAGGCUGCAAGGGGUCUCUGGGCAGACAAAAACACGCUGCUUUGGAAUGCAAUCGAACGUCGUCCGGCACAUCGAAACCCCACACCAAUCGCAUUGUCUAGUGUCGAGAAUAACCAAGGGCUAGUUGCCCAAGCGUCUGAGGGUACUCAUGUUAUCCUGUCGUCUUGGGAGGAACAGGAGGAGGCAGAGGAGGAGGACAAUAAUAUUUUGGUUGAUUGA